AUGCGGAGCACGGUCACUCUCGCGACGCAACGUGCAUCCGCAGUUGCAGCAACAGCAGCAGGGGUAGCAUCGAAGGCAGGCAUUGCCAAGCCGACAUUCGGCGUUUCACCGCACUGGUGCUCGGAUGGGCGGUGCGGCGUGCUGCAUAGGCCGAUUCGCGUGUUCGUGAUGUGGUACGGCGUGUUCUCCGCCGCUCAGAAGCAGACGCUCCGCACCUUCGUCGCAUCGCUCAGCCCCAACGCUGACACCGCCGUCACUGUACCGUUGUGGUGGAACGUGAACCGGCAGUACCACGACCAGGCUGGACGGCGCGUGACGGAAACCGUCACUUGGGGCGGAGAGACGGACGACGCGGGAUACUCCCGCGGCGCCACGCUCUACGAUGCUGACGUCACGGCACUUAUCUCUGACGCCAUCACGAGCGGGAAGCUGCCUUAUAACGCGGACGGGGUGUACUUCGUGCUGUCGGACGCGAGUGUAACGCAGGCGAGCAGCGACAAUCUUCAGGCGGACCGCUUCUGUGAGGCAUUCUGCGGAUGGCAUUUCUUCGGCUCGGCACCUGGCUUCGGCACGUUCCUUACUGCAUGGACCGGCAAGGCAGACUUGCAGUGCCCUGCCUCGUGCAUAGCAGCAGACAUCCGCGGCAACGCGUCCCUCUCCCCCACGGGCGACCCAGGCAUGGAUGGCCUCGUGUCGGUGUUCGCCCACGAGCUCGCAGAGGCUGCUGCCAGCCCGUUCGUCUCCACGUGGUUUGACAGCGACGGGGAGGAGAACGCCGACAAGUGCUCGUGGACGUUCGCCCCCAUUCUCACGGACCCAUCAAAAGCCAGGUACAACCUGGUGGGGGUCAACGCCUCCAAGUUCCUCAUCCAGCACAACUGGGACCUCAUCACUGGUGCCUGCUGGCUCACCCUUUUCCUUUUCCUCUCUACUGGGACCUCAUCACUGGUGCCUGCAGCUCACCCUACCAUACCCACCGCCCCUCACCCCUCCACCACCCUCGCAACGCCUCCUGCGGCCCUUGCCCGCCUCCCCUCCACCCGGCACCAUAAACCAAGCGGCAAAGAGCAUUGUGUGGAGGGUGAAAGCGGUGCUGGCAGGUCGAGGCAGACCGGGGAGGAAGAGACCCCCUCGGUCACCCGUGUGCAGGCGGCAGUGGUGCUCCAUGCGGUGCAUGAGGGGCAGCAGCAGGCACAGCGGCCACACGAGCCCCACGCCCCACUUGCAGGUGGACCAGAGCGCAUGCACGAGGGCCACCAGGGCGGACAGCAGCAGCACUGCAGGCAGCGGCAGCAGCAGCGGUGCUUCCUUGCCUUCCCUGCCCUGCUCUCCUGA